AUAUCCAAUGAUAUACAUAAUUCUGAAUAUCCGGUCCCUCAUUGGCUCUCCGCUGAGAACCAGAACGGGUGGCUCUCCGCAAGCUUGUGGUGCUGAAAUCUUGACUUGCUAUGAUAACGAUGUAAUGGCAAUGAGACAUUUCACUGUGGAACCCAAUAAACACCACCAAAAUGGACGAUGAUUUGUUCCAGUUAAGACAACUCCCCGUGGUCAAGUUCCGUCGCACGGGUGAGAGCACACGCUCUGAGGAUGACUGCUUGGGGAGAGACCAGGAAGUCCAGAUCGAUGGGAGGCAGGCUUACAUGGAGUCUGUGGCACUUCACGAUGGCGCACUAGUACCCCGGGAGUUUGCCAACCCAACUGAUGACACUUUCAUGGUGGAGGAUGCUGUGGAGGCCAUUGGUUUUGGGAAGUUCCAGUGGAAACUCUCCAUCCUCACUGGUCUGUCCUGGAUGGCUGAUGCUAUGGAGAUGAUGAUUCUAAGCAUCCUGGCACCACAGCUUCACUGUGAAUGGAGGCUUCCAAGCCUGUGGGUGGCGCUACUCACCUCGGCGGUGUUCAUUGGAAUGAUGAUCAGCUCUUCCAUUUGGGGGAACAUAUCCGAUAAGUAUGGCAGAAAAACAGGUCUGAAGAUGAGUGUGGCGUGGACCAUGUUCUACGGUGUACUGAGCGCCUUUGCCCCCGUCUAUGGCUGGAUCCUCUUCCUCCGUGCCCUGGUGGGAUUCGGCAUCGGAGGAGCCCCACAGUCGGUGACACUGUAUGCAGAGUUUCUCCCCAUGAGGUCCAGAGCCACCUGCAUCUUGCUAAUCGAGAUAUUCUGGGCGCUGGGCACUGUGUUUGAGGUGCUGCUGGCCAUCCUGGUGAUGCCCACUCUGGGCUGGCGCUGGCUGCUCGGCCUCUCCACCAUUCCGCUCUUCAUCUUUGCUAUCCUCUCUUUUUGGCUGCCAGAGAGUGCACGCUAUGACGUGUUGACAGGGAACCAGGAGAAAGCUCUGACUACCCUGAAGCGCAUCGCCAAGGAGAACGGAGUCCCCAUGCCCCUGGGAAAACUAAUUGCUGCCAGACAGGAGGACCGUGGGAAGUUCCAGGAUCUUUUCUCACCGCAUUUUCGCUGGACCACAAUUCUGCUGUGGUUUAUUUGGUUCUCUAAUGCAUUUGCCUACUAUGGCCUGGUCCUGCUCACCACUGAGCUCUUCCAGGAGGGGGGCGCCUGUGGGGAGUCAAAAGGUAGUAAGAGGGAGCCCAGGUGUAGCCUGGAGUGUAAAUACCUGACCUCAGACGACUACAAGGAUCUGCUGUGGACCACUCUGUCUGAAUUCCCAGGCUUGCUGGUGACUCUGUGGGCCAUCGAUCGGCUGGGAAGGAGAAAGACCAUGGCACUGUGCUUCUUCGUCUUCUCUCUCUGCCUUGUGCCACUCUACGCUUGUGUAGGGAGGACCUGGCUGACAGUAUUGAUAUUCAUCGCCAGGGCCUUCAUCGCAGGAGGUUUCCAGGCUGCUUAUGUCUACACCCCUGAGGUAUAUCCAACAGCAACCAGAGCAUUAGGUCUGGGCACUAGUAGUGGAAUGGCUAGAGUGGGAGCCCUCAUCACACCCUUCGUUGCACAGGUGAUGUUGGAGUCUUCUGUGUACCUGACUCUGUCAGUGUACAGCAUCUGCUGCCUGCUGGCUGCCAUCGCCUCCUGUGCUCUGCCCAUUGAGACCACUGGCCGGGGCCUCCAGGAGUCCAGCCACCGUGAGUGGGGCCAGGAAAUGAUGGGCCGGGCCCCUGCCAACAGCUCUGGGGGCAUCCCACACUCCGACUCUGGGUCCCAGGAGGACGGAGCACAUGCAAGAGGGUGGUGAAGGAGGGACGCUGGAGUGGAAGAAAGAGGCAAUGAAGGAGAAGGAAGCUAGGCAAGCAGCCCUUGUCCAUUCUCAGCUCAAAUGUGUCAUUACUGGUUUGUAUAUAGGCACCACAGUGACUUGAGAGAGAGCCUGCCACCAAAAUGUUAUUCAAAAACAUUUCUCUCUCAUUUGAAUCUUCAACCACUACCACUGUCAUGAUUUUUGCCAAUGUAGGAUAACCACACUCUGAGUGAGACAGAGCUCAAUCGAUUAUCCUGAGUAUACACUGGGUGGUAGCAGGGAGAGAAACUGUUCAGGGUGGGUUUGUCAUUCUUAUAUCUCAGUAUUUGAAUUUCAUAUUAUGAGGGAGAAGAACAGCAAGAUUUAUAGUAACAGUGAGAUUGAUAGUGAAAGAGAGUGAUAGAGGACAUUGCUUUGUUGCAUUGUUUCUAUUAACCUGUUUCUUUUAAGAGAGCCUUAAAACAAUGGUUCUACUCAGGUCCUACCACUCAGUUUUGGAUAAGGGACACAUUGAGGGCUUUUGACAGAGAUGUGACGUCAAGGGCCCCAAAAAAUCCAUUAUAUUUUGCAAAGCUAUAAUGAAAACAAUGACAUGUAAUGAAUUGCUAUCUAAUGAUACAAUAAUUACCCAUUCAACAUAAUCAAAUCUGUGCAUCUGGGGUUGUUUGCAGAUUCGCAUCACCACGUUAACCAUCCGACAUGAUGCACUUCAUAGAGGUGUGAAGUCACAAAUCUCAGUUACGCUUCAGUUUAGACACUUAUAUACUGAAUAAAAAUAUAAACGCAACAUGUAAAGUGUUGGUUUCAUGAGCUGAAAUAAAACAUCCCAGAAAUGUUCCAAAUGCACAAAAAGCUAAUUUCU